AUGGCGGAAAAAUCAGGUCCUCGGGACUUCUCCGAUCUGAUUCUCCGGCCAAUAGCUCUAACCGACGUGGAUGACUUCAUGGUCUGGGCCACAGACCCUAGGGUUUCGAAAUUCUGCCUGUGGGAAACCUACAAUUCGCGCGACCAAGCAGUGGAGUACAUACAAAACCAGGCGAUUCCGCACCCCUGGCUGCGGGCGAUCUGCGUCGACGGCCGAGCCGUAGGGACGAUAACGGUGACGCCGGGGUCGGGAGGCGACCGGUGCAGGGGGGAGCUGGGGUACGUGCUGGCGUAUGAUUAUUGGGGGAAGGGGAUUAUGACGAGGGCGGUGGAGAUGGUAGGCGGCGCAAUAUUUGAGGAGUUGCCGGAGUUGCAGAGGGUGGAGGCGAUGGUGGAUGUGGAGAACGGCAGGUCUCAGAGAGUGCUGGAGAAGGCUGGGUUUGUGAAGGAGGGUGUGCUGAGGAAGUAUCGAGUGUUGAAGGGGAAAACUGUCGAUGAAGCUGUGUUCAGCAUUGUCCGCCACGACUGUUCUUCUUCGUCAUUGUGACAUGGAAGGGAAGUUUCUUUAAAAAUAAAAAAACUAUAAUUAGACAGUAUGAUGUAAAAUGGUAAAAAGAUGUGUUUGGUAGAUGAUUUUGAAAAUUGUAAUUUUGGUUUUUAAUGUAAAUUUUACCGGUGUGUGUUUUGCUUUUCUAAAAAAUAUACAUAAAAA